AAAUAAGGAAUUAUGCAAAUAUAAAUAAGGGCCCAAAAGUGCAAGAAGCUUUAGCAGCUGGUGCACAAAUAGUUGGAGGUGAAGAGAUCGUUACAGAUAUAUUGGAAGGCACAUUCAAAUUCGGUGAAAUCGAUAGGUGCAUCUCCACGACAGACAUGUUGCCAUCGGUUUUAAAGAUUGCGAAAAUAUUGGGCCCGAGACAACUAAUGCCAACGAUAAAGAAAGGUACCGUGACUGAUGAUAUUGCCGGCACGAUUAAGGAGAUGACCGGGAAAUUUGAAUUCAGAAACGAUAGAUCAGGAAUUAUUCAUGCAG